CUUGCUGAAACAAUAAUCUUAUUACAAUUAGUACAUGAUUAGCCGUUAGACAUUUGACGUGCACUCGGCCGUCACAAGUGCAAUCAAAAAUUAACUCCGGAAAAAGAUUUGGUAUACCUUCAGCUGUCCAUGACGAAUCUAGUGGACUUCCUGACAACUCUAGUAUAAAAGAUAAGGAGAAUUCUGAUUCAAAUAAUAGGCAGAAUAACGACACGUUGAAAAUUUUGAAACGAGCUAAGUCAGCAAGAAAGAACUUGAAGAAAUCAAAAGCGCAAUCAUCUAAAGAAUCUUCUGAAUAGAUUUUAAAAAAAUAUCUAAAAACUGUUACAAAUCCUGAGGGUAACGAAGAUUUAGAUGAGGAUGUAUCUCAAGACAAUGAAAGUUUUAUAUCAGAUAUUCUUUCGUCAACGCGAAAAUCGCCGAUUGGAGAUAAUGCUCAUAAUUCAAAAAAACAGUAACCCCAGGAUGGAUGAAGAAAACGAUCAUUCAGCAUAUAAAUCCGUAAUAAGGGCGUAUAAAGAUCAAUUAAAUUUUUUUAAAAAUAAAUAUGAAGAAUCACAAAAACAAUUGAAUGAAUAGAAGUUGAAGUAUGAUAAUAUCUCUACAUGUAACAUCUGGCUUGACAGAUGGAGCAUUGUUAGAAUAUUAUGAUAAACUUUAUAAGUAUUCUGGACCUUUACAAAUCGAUGACAAUUCUGACUGCUUAAAACUUCUUCAUAAUGUUGAGUGUAACAUUGUAGCAUAUAAAGAUGCAUUCAAAUCAUCAAAACCAAUUCAGGUUGUUCGACUAUUAAUGUUUGGCAUUUAUGGAUACGAAGACCUAUUAACUCGUUGCCAAAAAAAUGAAAAAGAAACAGCUGGUUUACAGCCAUUGUGUAAAAUAAGGAGUGAAGCCAUUGAAAGAGAGCUUUACAGAUUUUGAAGACUCAACAAUUAUAAUGCACAACUAAUAAAGCUAGAACUUCAAGAAAUCGAUAAGUAUUAUCAUAAUGCACUCUCAUGUGCCAAA